CCACCAGUCACGCAAACCAAACCUGUCAUUCUUCUUUUUCCUCCGUCUGUACUUUAUUUUUGCCCACAUUUUCGUUCUCAUUUUCCCAAUAACCGAACAAACCAUCUUCGAUUUCCAUUUCUCAAUUUUCAAAAUCUUGUAAAAAAAAAUCAGCAGCGUUUUCCCCUAAUACUACCCAAAUAAUAGAUAAUCUUCAGCUUUAACAGCUUUGAUCUCCAAUGCGAAUCUCUUUCUUUCUGAUUUCUAAGAAUGCCCAUUCGUGGGUUUUGGCUGAGUUUCCACUGAUGAAGUUGUCCCCAAAUUGAAGGAAGCCCGAUUUUUUAUUUUUACUUUAUUAUAGCAUUAUAGCUCGUAAGCUAUUUUUCAUGGAUUCGAGAUCGGCAACAAGUGAGGGAAAUGACCCUAAGACUGAAAACGUUUCUCGUCGGGUUGAAGAAACAUGUCCUGAUUUAUUGAAGAACACGCCGUCCAAUAUUGCGAGAUUGGAGGAUGAGAUUGAACAGUGUAUAGGUCGCCAGAAGUAUCUUGCUCAGACUAGGAGCCCCUCUGAUGGCGGCGAUGUUCGCUGGUUCUUUUGCAAGGUUCCUUUAGCUGAGAAUGAGUUGGCUGCUUCAGUUCCUCGGACUGAGGUAGUUGGGAAAGGAGAGUAUUUUCGGUUUGGCAGAAGGGAUUCUCUUGCAAUAGAGGCAUCUUUUUUACAGAGGGAGGAAGAGUUGCUUGCUUGUUGGUGGAAAGAGUAUGCAGAAUGCAGUGAAGGUCCAAUAGAACGGCCUAGCUCCAGCAAUAAAUUGAAUAAACAAGUCAAUAUCUUGUCCUUAGAGGGUGGUCCAUCAACCAAAUUAUAUGAAGUGGAGGAAGAGAGAGUUGGUAUACCAGUGAAGGGAGGACUUUAUGAGGUAGAUUUAGAGAAAAGGUACUCUUUCCCAGUUUAUUGGAGUGGAGAAAAUCGACGUGUUUUAAGAGGUCAUUGGUUUGCUCGUAAAGGGGGUCUUGAUUGGCUCCCACUUCGUGAGGAUGUUGCUGAACAGUUGGAGAUUGCUUAUCGUAGCAAGGUUUGGCGCCGAAGAAGAUUCCAACCCUCAGGACUUUUUGCAGCUCGAGUUGAUUUGCAAGGCUCCCUGGUACAUGGAUUACAUGCUCUUUUUACAGGAGAAGAUGAUACGUGGGAGGCUUGGGUCAAUAUUGAGGCUUCUGGAUUUUCUAGUGUCAUCCCUUUCGGUGCAAAGGGAAUCAAGUUAAGACGUGGAUAUUCAACAUCUCACUCAGCAAAACCCACUCAAGACGAGCUACGUCAACGGAAGGAGGAAGAAAUGGAUGAUUACUGUUCACAGGUUCCUGUACGACACCUAGUCUUCAUGGUUCAUGGAAUUGGACAAAGAUUGGAGAAAUCUAAUUUAGUUGAUGAUGUUGGUACAUUUUGCCAUAUCACAGCAAGUCUAGCAGAACGCCACAUUACUCAACAUCAGAAUGGCAUUCAGAGAGUUCUUUUCAUCCCAUGUCAGUGGAGAAAAGGUUUAAAGCUUAGUGGAGAAACAACAGUUGAAAAAUGUACUUUAGAUGGUGUGAGGGGUCUCCGUGUCAUGUUGAGUGCAACUGCUCAUGACGUGUUAUACUACAUGAGCCCCAUCUACUGCCAGGAUAUCAUCAACUCGGUAUCCAAUCAAUUAAAUCAGUUGUAUUUGAAGUUUCUUAAGAGGAAUCCUGGUUAUGAUGGAAAGGUUUCAAUAUACGGUCAUUCUUUGGGAAGUGUUCUCUCCUAUGAUAUCCUCUGCCACCAGGAAAAUCUGUCUACUCCAUUUCCAAUGGACUCAAUGUACAGGGAACAUGCCAAAGGUGAAGACUUUUGCCAUGAUGGUAACAACCACAAUCUGGAAGAUAAAACUUCUGCAAGUAAAAAUAUUGAAGACAUGGUGGGUUCAAUUGAUGAUAAAAAUCAGAGCAUAUCACCAGCUCUUUUGAUACUUGAGAAAGGCAUAUCAAACCUUGGAUCUAAUCUUGGGGAAAAAGGCUCCUCCGUAACUGCUACAGCAGAUGAUGAAAAAAAGAGUAUGCUGCCAACUCUUUUAGUACAUGAUGUAUCAAAUGGAAACACUGAAGAAGCUUCUACCAUUGUAGACACUGUUGCACCUGACUUCAAUAUAUUAUCUGAAAGUAUUUUUGACUCUAAGCAAUCAAGUUGUAAUGAAGAUGUUCUUGAAUCAGUUUGCGAUCCUAGGGGCUUGGUUCUUGAUAACAGGGACAAUUUUUAUGAAACUACUGAAUAUAGUUCUGGAGUCUGUAAUGAUGCCUCAGAAUUAGUGUCUGAAGAAAUGUGUGCAGAGAAAAAAGAUAUGGAAAAAAUAAUUAAAUCACUGAGUAAAGAGGUUGAAUCCCUGAAGGUCAAAAUAGCUGAACUGGAAUUGCAAUGUGAUGGUGAAGAUAGGACUAUGAGGCUCCACCAAGAAAACGAGACAGCACCUACAACUGUAGUAAAGCAACCCAUAUGUAACAAGCUGCCAGCUGAUCAUCAUGAUUCUCUGAAGAGUUAUACCCCUUAUAUCAACUACACGAAGCUUGAAUUCAAGGUUGACACAUUUUUUGCUGUUGGAUCCCCUCUUGGUGUCUUUCUUGCUCUUCGUAACAUUCGUAUUGGAGUUGGAAAGGGGCAAGAUUAUUGGGAAGAGGAAAACAUUAAUGAGGAGUUUCCAGCUUGUCGGAGAAUGUUCAACAUAUUUCACCCGUUUGAUCCCGUAGCAUAUCGAAUAGAACCUCUUGUUUGUAAAGAAUACAUCGGCAAACGACCUGUCAUUGUACCAUUCCACAAAGGUGGAAAAAGGUUGCACAUUGGGUUUCAGGAAUUUGCUGAAGAUGUAGCUUCUCGUUCUCAAGCUAUUGUGGAUCGCCUAAGCUCUGUUAGGAAUAAAGUGCUUACAGUUUGCCAGUCAAGAAAUGACUCAGAAGAAGGAGAAGAAACAGCCGAAGUCAGAGAAGAGAGAUCAUACGGCUCUCUUAUGAUGGAGAAAUUAACAGGAAGCACUGAAGGACGGGUCGAUCACAUGCUUCAAGAUAAAACGUUCCAGCAUCCAUAUAUAGCUGCCAUUGGAUCACAUACAAACUAUUGGAGGGAUUAUGAUACUGCUCUUUUCAUUUUGAAACACUUGUAUCAUGAUAUACCUGAAGAUCCUAAUUCAACUGAAGCCUCUCAUGGAGAGGACAUGAAAGAUGCGAGCGACUCCGUAGGUUUGUCUGAUCAAAGAGAGAUUAUUGAGGAGGAGCUUCCUUUGACAUUCUCUGACAAAAGCGUGGUUAGGAACUUCUCAAGUAGGGCAAAUAAGCUAUUGAAGAAGCAUUGAAUUUUGAACUGCUUCUACUUCUCAUCGUUAUUCAAGUGGAGGACUGGGCGUUGAGCCUAUGACCAUUUGCUCUGUUGCAAGCCAAAUCAUUCCGGCUGUUUUAGAAGAAAAAUGAUUGGCCUUGCUGCUAUGGAAUUGGUUAACCAUACUGUAGAGAUGCUUUGCAAAGGUUAAGUGAUUUCUAACACUAAAAUGACCCUUCAAAAGAUGAUCCUCCUGUGCUCACGGAUGCCACAUUUCAUACUUCAUGUAUACAUAUAUGUAUAUGUAUAGAUAGAAAUAUAUAUAAUCUGUGUAUAUAUAAGAGACAGAAAAGGUUGAUCAGGAUUUGUUUUAGUUAGUUAUAUUUCUUGAAUGUAAUCAUGACUCGUGAGUGGUCUACCUUACCAUCUUUGAUAAGAAUUUUUUCUUCACUUUCAGUUUCCUCCGUUAUAGAUAACUGAGAGUAAUAUAAAACAACAUUUUCUCCUAAAUAAAGUUUACUCUGAUUGUCUUCUUGAAA